AUAUGUUCUACAUUUAUAUCUGUUUUGUGUUAUAUUGGGCUAAUAUUUCACAUGGUGCGAAUAUUCUGGCGCUAGUUGCCGCAGUGUCCUACAGUCAUCAGAUAGCAUUUGCUCCAUUAUGGAAGGAAUUAUCUUUAAGGGGCCACAAUGUAACGGUACUCACCACAGAUCCAAUGAAUGAUACUAAACUGACAAAUCUGACCGAACUCGACAUGAAAUGGGCAUACAACGUUCGUAAAAACAGCACCUAUCUUAUCGAAAGCAAAGUUUUCAUGUGGAAUUAUCAUCAAACUGUUUUUGGAGCAAUGUAUCGCAUUUGCGAUUUUGUCUUAUCAUCCGAUAUUGGAAUGAAUCUGCGUCGUAACGAAUACAAGGCUGACCUGGUACUGGUGGAGUACCUAUGUCCAGAGUUCCUAGCUUUUGCCGAGUUAUAUAAUUGCCCAAAGAUACUCAUAGCUUCUAUGAGCGUUCCCUCGAUAUAUUCUGAUUUAAUAGGAGAUUCUACGCAUUCGGUUCUACAUCCAGAGUUUAUAACAGCUUUUCAUGGGAAACUGAGUUUUAGGGAAAGGGUAGUAAGUACCCUGGUUAAUUGGUAUUUAUAUUACGUAUUUAAUUUUGAUAUUUUCAACAAAAAGCAAAUAUCCCUACGCCGAUACUUUAAUAGUACAUCCACUAUUCCAGAACUGAUUAGUGACAUCGAUAUGAUGUUCCUGUAUGUAAAUCCUGUCAUUCAUGGACCAAAAGCAAUUGGACCAGCCACUAUUACCAUUGGCGGUUAUAGAGAAGAUACAUCAGAAGAACCAAUACCAUCGAAAAUGAAGAAGUUUUUGGACGAGGCUGUUGAAGGCUGUAUUUACGUAAGUUUGGGAACUAACGUUAAUAGUAGUGAAUUAAAUCAACAACUUCUGAAGAACAUUAAAGAUGCUUUAGGAGAGAUACCAUACAAAGUAUUAUGGAAAUUUGAGGAGGAUGUUGGAGAUAUGCCUAAAAAUAUUGAGACAGCUAAAUGGAUGCCCCAACAGAAAAUUUUAAAUCAUCCAAAUGUGAAACUUUUCGUCUUCCAGGGAGGUCUUCAGUCCAUAGAAGAAUCAGUUCAUGGUGAAGUACCAUUUGUAGUUAUACCAUUUUUUGCUGAUCAAUACCAAAAUGCCAAAAUAUUGGAAGACAAAGGCCUUGCCUUAGUUUUGGAUAGAACGAGUUUGAAAAAGGAUGAUUUGAAGAACGCCAUUCUGAAAGUUAUGAAUGAUUCAAAAUACCGCGACAGAGUGAAGAAACUCAAACAGUUAAUUCUUGACAGCCCUAUGACCGGUCUGGAGAAGGCGGUUUGGUGGACAGAGUAUGUCAUAAGAAAUAAAGGUGCCAAGCACCUGAGGAAUCCAGUUGCAGAUAUCCCAUUUUACCAGUACUACUUAUUGGAUAUCGUAGCGUUUCUUCUAGGAAUCAUCAUUUUAUCAGUUACAGUGACAAUUAUAGCAUUAACAAAACUAUACAAAUUAACUACGAUUUGUUAUCUUCUAAAAGAAAAAACGCAGUAAAAAUACUUUUAAACAGAUAAAAAUUUGUGGCUAGGUGUAUCAACUUUCCAAUUAUGAUUAUCAGAGUAUAUACAAAAGAAUUUAAAUUUUGUAAACUUAUAUUUUUUAUAUCCCAAUUGACGAAGAUUAAUAAGCUUGAAUGUGAAUUUUGCAGUGAGAUUACCAUCAAAAGUGCUGUUGAAAACACUGUGUUUGUAAUAUAUUUAUUAUCACUUUCUUUAUACAUGAAAUUUUAAAAAAUAUACAGGUUA